CCGUGGCCCGUUGGUACCUGCGGCCGGUGGGCCGGUGGAAAGUCGCUUUUUCUCAUGAACGGUUCUAGCUCCUCGCCCUGGGCUCUCGCCAUGGACACGAUGAAAACCACCUAUAUCGUGCUGGAACUGAUCAUCGCCGUGCUGUCCAUCGCCGGCAACGUGCUGGUCUGCUGGGCCGUGGCCAUCAACAGUACCUUGAAGAACGCGACCAACUAUUUCCUGGUGUCCCUGGCGGUGGCCGAUAUCGCCGUGGGGUUGCUAGCCAUCCCUUUCGCCAUCACCAUCAGCAUCGGCUUCCAGGUGGAUUUUCACAGCUGCCUCUUCUUCGCCUGCUUCGUGCUGGUGCUCACCCAAAGCUCCAUCUUCAGCUUGCUGGCGGUGGCCAUCGACAGGUACCUGGCUAUUAAGAUCCCACUGAGGUAUAAUAGUCUGGUGACUGGCAAGCGGGCAAGAGGACUCAUCGCUGUGCUGUGGCUCCUGUCCUUUGGAAUUGGACUGACUCCACUUAUGGGCUGGAACAAAGCCAUGAGCGGUUGCCCCAACACCACCAACGAGACAGGGGCUGACACUGGGACAGAGCACCAUGGCUGUUUCAUCUCAUGCCUCUUUGAGAAUGUGGUAACGAUGAGCUACAUGGUGUACUUCAACUUCUUCGGCUGCGUGCUGCUUCCACUUGCUAUCAUGCUGGGAAUCUACAUUAAGAUAUUCAUGGUCGCCUGCAAACAGUUGCAUCAGAUCGAACUGAUGGGGAACUCCAGGACCACACUGCAGAAGGAGAUCCACGCAGCCAAGUCUCUGGCCAUCAUCGUAGGACUUUUUGCCUUUUGCUGGCUGCCCCUGCAUAUCUUGAACUGCAUCACUCACUUCCAUGAGGAGUUCUCCAAAUCCAAGCCUGAGUGGGUGAUGUAUAUGGCCAUCAUCCUCUCCCAUGCCAACUCUGUCAUCAAUCCCAUCAUCUACGCCUACAGGAUCAGGGACUUCCGAUACACCUUUCGCAAGAUCAUUUCCAAAAUCCUCUGCAAGACGGAUGGUUUCCCCAAGUGCCCCACUGACAACAACCAGCACCUGACUGCCUCCAACAUUAACUCUCCGGUAGCCUCUGUGACCAUAUGACCUUGCACGUCCUGCUCCUACGAUUUUGCAGUCUGUCCCUGACACUACCCUUCCCUGUGCCUAUGUGAACAGUUACAGCUAAAACUCCUCUAGGAGUGCUCGAAGAUGACCACUAUGCAGUUAUGCAGCUGUAAUUUUUUUUUAUUUUUGUAAUUAACACAGUGCCUCCUAGAGGAAUAACCUGACCGGGAGGUUGAGUGCAGCUCACCCUUGACUGCAAAGCCAGGUUGCGUGACUGCUGGUAAUCGUAUUGAGUUUCCUUUCCAGGUCAGACAUUGACUGUGGAAGCCCCACCUUCUGGGGGGUGUUUCCCUAAUUGUGCUGCUCACGUCAAGUCCUAGGAUCUUUAUUUUAAAUAUUAUUUUUUUUU